ACUCCCUAAGUUCUUCCUAUGCUCUGCUGCUACCAGGAGGACUCAACAUGUUGGGAACACUGUUUGGCUCUGCCAUAGGAGGAGCUCUGGCUGUGGCAGGGGCACCUGUGGCCCUGGCUGCCAUGGGCUUCACUGGGACAGGCAUUGCAGCUGCCUCCAUAGCAGCCAAGAUGAUGUCUGCUGCAGCAAUUGCCAAUGGAGGUGGAGUUGCAGCAGGAAGCCUGGUAGCCACACUCCAAUCAGCAGGCCCGUCAAGUCCACUGUGCAGGAAGACACACCCAGUGACUGAAGACAGCUGCUGAAAUAAGUUUCGAUUUCCCCAGCUCUCUCCAGGCCCGACAAAUCCACUCUAGUUGAAGAUACACCCCGUGACUGAAGACAGCCAAUAAGAUAGGUUUCUAUUUCCCCAGCUCUCUCCAGGCCCGACAAAUCCACUCAGAUUGAAGAAACACUCAGUGAUGGAAGGCAGCCAAUGAGAAAAAUUUCCAUUCCCACUGCUGUUUUGGCUGGGAAGAAAAAUUCACUAUUCUUUUACUGAGGGUUCUGAGUGUUAAUCGGUUUACAAAGUAUUGUAAAAUAUAACACGUUUGCCAGUGGGUUUUUUUCCUUCCAGUGACAGUGCUGUGGGAGAAACUUGAAGUAAUAAAAUUGAGGUUGUAAACAUU